GAAGGGACCAAAGCCUCAUCAGCCCGCAAAAAUCACACACUCCCACAUCAGCGGCUGAGGGGUGAGAGCAGAGCAGAGUAGAGCAGCGGCAGACGGAGGAGGGCUAGAUUCCACAACAGCUGAGAGCCUCAGCGCCAGAAAGAUCUAAACUGUUUUGUUUUCAUACACUUUUGGAAGUUAGUGUUCUUGUUAAGCUGUUGAUGAGGCAGCCAGGACCAACUCUGUCUCCCAUGAGUCUGUGGUCCAGAGGUGGCCCGAGGGCUCAGAGUGUGUUCGGCUUCCUGAAUUUGUGCGGCUUGUUUUUGCAACCUUUGAACGCUGGAACUGUACUGAAAUCAUUAUGACUCUUCUGGGCUCUGAGCACUCCGUACUGAUACGAAGCAAAUUUAGAUCAGUGCUACAGUUAAGACUUCAGCAGAGGAGGACACGAGAGCAGCUGGCAGACCAGGGCAUCAUGCCUCUGAACCAUGGCAAGUUCCCCAAGCAGGAGGACUCGUAUGCGUUUGAGGAGGACAGCAGCAGCGAGAGCCUGUCUCCGGAGCAGCAGCACAGUGACGAGUCGCAGGGCUCAGCCUGCCCUUCGUCUGAUGCCAUCGGCAGCACGGCCUCCUCCUCCUCGUCGCCUGCCCUCACCAGCCCACGACUGGGUGGUGCAACCAGAGACCCACCAGACCAAAGCCAGGAAGAAGGGCUGUCCGCUCCUAACACCAACCAGGCAGCUCCACCAAUUCCGGUUCCUGCAAUAGUCAAGUCCAAGACGUCGGACAAGAACCGACACAAGAAGCCCAAAGAUGUGAAGCCGAAGGUGAAGAAGCUCAAGUACCACCAGUACAUUCCUCCAGACCAAAAGGUGGAGAAGUCCCCUCCGCCCAUGGACUCGGCGUACGCCCGACUCCUGCAGCAGCAGCAGCUCUUCCUGCAGCUUCAGAUCCUCAGCCAGCAGAAACACACGCACACACAUUCACAGAUGCAGCAGCCACAGCAGCAGCAGCAGCAGCACGCACACCCCGUGCAGGCCCACGCCCAGCAGAGACAGUCCUCCUUCAGCUACCAGCCUCAGCUGCCCGCCAGUACCCAGAAGGGCACCAGCAAGCAGUUACCAGCUUGCGCUUCCGGUGGAACUCCCAGCAGCUCAACCAGCAACUCCUCUUCUCCCAUCAAGAACACAUUUUCCAACCAAAACAACGUCUCCCCUGUCAAAGUCGGCCCGCUCCCGGCUAACCUGGACGACCUUAAAGUUUCUGAGCUCAGGCAGCACUUGCGCAUUCGCGGCAUGCCAGUCUCAGGGACCAAAAUGGCCCUCAUCGAGCGACUCCGGCCCUUUAAGGACUCCAGUGCUGACUCCCCUCCAUCAGGAUCUUCCGACAUCGCCACCUUGACUUUUCCGGUCACGCCCACAGGCUCCCUAUCUUCCUACCAGUCCCCUUCCUCCUCCAGCAACCUGUCGCAGGGCGGGUACUACCACUUCCCGAGCACCUCUUCCACGCCGCCCAUCUCUCCGGCCUCCUCGGACCUCUCUCUCUGCGGCUCCCUCCCGGACAGCUUCAGCGACGUGCCAAUGUCCUCGCCCAACCACUUCAACCUGCAGCCAUCCCCGACCCAGAUUGGCGUAGAGGACGGCCUGGGUGCAGGCGGAGAAGGGGGUGCCAGGGUGUGUGAGGGGAACCAGAGAGUAGGAGAGGGGGGAGAAAACGAGGGUCUGGACACAGAGAAAGACAAGAUGCUGGUGGAAAAGCAGAAGGUUAUCGAGGAGCUGACAUGGAAAUUGCACCAGGAGCAGAGACAGGUGGAAGAGCUGAAGAUGCAACUUCACAAGAGGAAACGCUGCUACGGAGCAACUGAGGACGUUGUCCCUCCUCCGUCUCACCCCUCCAUGCUCCACCAGCAGCAGGCCACAGCUAUGAUGGGCCCGCAUUUUCUAGGGGUGACAAUCAAGCAGGAGCCCAUAGCCUUGUCCUCUAGCUGCCCUCUGUCCUCCUCCAAGCAGCUCAAGGGACCUGCUGGCAGCUGCAUGGACGACCUGGGCUGCUGCAACAACCCCAUGCCAAGCAUGGCCGGCGCUGCUGGGCCGCAGGGCAUGGACACGGACCCUUCCUCUGCCAGCCCCUCCACCAUGUCGGCCUUUCUGAGUCCCCAGUGUUCGCCGCAAGAUUCCCCCAUUGGAAAAGCCGCCAGCAGCUCCCAGCCUUCAUCUCCCAACAGCCCCUACCUGCUGUCUCCUCUGCUUGGAAGAGACAGCUGUGGACACCCACAGGGACAAAGCAGAGGACAUAGCAUGCAGGUGCAGCAGCGGAGCGGCAGCCAGCAGUUGAACGGCUCUUACCCUUCGGACCAAAGAAGCCUUCAGGCCAUAUAUCCGAGCUCGGCAGACUGCGGCCUGAACCACGCCGACCCCGUCAAGGCCGAGAGUCAGAAUAUGCAACCAAAGAUGUCAGCAUUGCCAUCUCCCCGGCAUGUUGGCCAAAAGUGCCAGGUCUCCCCCCCUGCCUUCAGUAGCUCAGAUUCAGAUGCAUCUGACUUAAGACAGCCCCCAUGCUAUGAGGAUGCAGUCAAGCAGCAACUGACCCGCAGUCAGCAGAUGGAUGAACUGUUGGACGUGCUCAUUGAAAGUGGAGGGUGUCCCGGCCUCCUCAUCCCAAGGUUCCACUGGCACUACGAGCACCUGUCCCCUAACCAGCUCCCCUACGACCACGCCACCAAUCACGCCACCGAGAGCCACCUGCAGACUCUGCUGGGCAGUCCCAUGGGACGGGGAGGGGAGAUGGCCCUCCUUAAAAUGGCUGCCGAGGACGGACACCAGGAAGAUGAAGGGAACAGGGAUGCCGAAGACUACGGCAGCCUCCACGGCCACCACUUCUGCCCUCACCAUUCCCAGCAGGACAAACUUCAGACUAGCAGAGAUCGGAUAGACGCGCCUCUGUCGCCCGUUGGCAGCAAGGUGUUCGCUGUCCCCGAGGUUCAGGGGAUGGUCAGCAUGGCUUUCAGCGAGACGCCGUGGGAGACAAUGGAGUGGCUGGACCUGACGCCUCCCAGCUCGGCUGCCGCCUUCAGCGCCGCUCAGCCCAGUGCGCCCAGCAUCUUCAACACAGAGUUCCUGGAUGCGACAGACAUUAACUUGAACUCUGCCAUGGACCUUCAACUGGAGCACUGGUGAAAGCAGUAGUGUUGACAACAAUAUCAAAGGACUAUUGAAUUCUGCCCUUACUGGCUUCAGUUCAAGUAUGAGAAGUCACCCCUUGCUGUCAUACAGUGACAUUUUAUCCGAUGUGGCCACCUACGGUUUGACGGUCCAGUACGAUGUGGUCCAGUGUAAUUUCAUCUUGAAUCUUAAUGUUACUGAACUUAUCUGCCACCAAGGUCGUCAUAGCCAAAGAACCAGGUGCUUGCUGAUGCAAUCUGCAAUCUGAAGCGCACAACUGUCAUUGAGUUGAGGACCGACAGUGGACACAUGUAGAACUUUCUGUCUCCACAUCAGUGUUACACCACCUAGACUUGAAGACGGAACUCGCCAAUCACUGCAUACUUACCUGCGUUUAUGUUUGUGUUACUGGAAAAAAAAAAAAGGAAGAAAAUCCCAAAAAGGGACAAAUGAGCAGAUCUGGAUUGCGAAAGGAGCGGAAAAACUGUAAAUAUCCCCACUUUUUUAGGGAAGUCUCACAUCUGCAUGUUGUUGUCAGUGGUGUGGGAGAAAGUACAAACCCCAAAUUUAAGUGUUCAAUAUAAUCGUUUCAUCGUUUGAUGUAAAUAUGAUAUAUAAAAAAAAAACUAGUCACGGAGCACUUCUUGCUUAACACACAUUUGUCACAGUUUGCUUGAGCUUUGAAUAUAGGAACGAGUGUUGUUCUCUUUCUAUGCAACUAUCUGCAGUACCUGACAUUUUCAAGUGCAGGGAGAAAUAAAGAGUAGGGGUGUCCGAGAUGUCUUCGGUCUUAUCAGUUUAAGCCAGCAGACCAACUGUGCCUUAUUUGUAAAACAUUUUAAUAAAGACAAAGAAUAUAUAAUUUUCCAGUUUUGUAUUGAAAAUUCUACAAAAAGACAUGUUAAUAGCUACAAGAAGACAACUAACACAAAAAGAGAGAAUUUCAUAUCAAUUUUUUGUCCUGCAACGUCUCUAUUUCAAGGCCAAUCACAGUUAUUUAUUUUGUGAUUUUGUAUUUAUACUUGAUGUUGUAUUUAUGCCGACAUUCCUUUGAUACUUUCUUGAUGUAACCAAAAAUGUUAUUUUUUUUGUUUGUUUUUGGACCACUGCCUCUUUUAGGCUAAACAGCUUAAAAACGAGAGGCAAAAUGAAGGGGCCGACCGUUAACCAACAGUUAUCAAUUGUCUGAACCAUCCAUUGUAAGCACUUGUGAAUAGGAAUAAUGUAAUAUAUUCAAA